AUGAUACAAGAAGUAGAUAGAAUGAUGAUUGAUUAUUUGGCACGAGUAAAAAAAUAUGAAGAUGAAGUUGAACAUUAUUCAAUGGAUAAAUAUCAUUAUAAAUGGAACGGUUUACAAGCAUUAAAUUAUCAAGAAUAUCAAAAUAUUUUCACUAAUGUCAUUGAUAGUCAACAAAUAUCAUUUAUGAAAUAUGCAAGAAAAAAAUAUAUGAAUCAGCAUCAUGUAUUCAAAGAAAUAUUCUAUUUAUAUGCAAUUGAAACAGGACGAAUAGAAUAUGUUUACGAUAUUGAUGAUAAUAUCUCAGUUCAAGCUCAUCUUCAACAAGUGAGUUGCUUAUCAUUUAAUUGCAAUUUAAUUGUUGAGUUUAAUUCUCAACAAUUACCAUUAUUAUUUACAUUAGAUUAUUUAAAACGAGUGCAUGCUAAACAUAUACAAUAUGCACCAUUUACAAGUCAAUAUAUACCAGAGUUGCAAGCACAAAUUAGAACAUUGAUUCCAUCGGGUCGAUUUAAACUAGAACCAAAUUCACCAACACGAAAAGAUGGUAAAUUAUUUCAAUUUUGUCCACCAUCUCAAGUUGAACAGCAAUUAAAAUUAUUAUUUUCGUUGUAUGAAAAAUAUGCACAGGAAAAUAUUGAUCCAGUUGUACUAGCUGCUUGGUUUCAUGCAGAAUUUAUUCGAAUUCAUCCAUUUGUCGACGGUAAUGGUCGUGUUGGUCGUUUUUUAUCAAGUAAGAUACUGAUGGACAAAGAUUUAUUGCCUUUGAUUGUUGAGAAAAGAAAAAAGUCGGAGUAUAUUGACUGCAUGGAUGAAAGUAUUGCACAAAAUAAUUUAACAUCAUUAGUUAAUUUUAUUAAACGUGAACAGUAUUCACUUAUUGAAUACGUAAGAAAACAAACGAUGUGUGAAAAACCCAAAUAUCUUACUUGUUCACUUGAUGAUUGA